UCACUUAACUCUUGCUCUAUCACUUGCCCACUUGUCUUUUAAGGACUCGUGUGUUUUAAAUAUUGAACCCAAAUCCCAACUAAUUAACUUCAAAAAACAAACAAAAAAGGUGUCCAUUUCUUAAAAAUAGGUUGAGGUUUAUGCAAGGAAAACAAAGAUGGAGAUGAUUAAAAUUGAAGCAAUUUUGAGAUUAUGUGCCUUGUUGACACUCUUGUUGGCUGCUAUUGUUAUGAUGACGGAUAACCAAACCAAAACAUUCUUUGGUUAUUACAAAAUGAGGGCCGAUUAUAAAUUGGCUAAGAUUUUGAAAGUAUCGGUGUACGUGUAUUUGAUUGGAGCCGGGUACACCUUACUUCAACUAGUUCGAUGUAUGGCCUUCAUGACUAAGUAUGAGGGAGAUAAAUUAAGCUGCUCAAGCCAUAUUCUUAAAUGGUUUUAUUUCUCUCUUGAUCAGGUGGCAGCAUACGUUGUUUUCGCAAUAGUAUGUGCAACACUUGAAAUAUCAUUCCUGGUAUUAACCGGUUCAAAGGAUCUUCAAUGGAUGAAACUAUGCAGCAAAUAUGUGAGGUUCUGCGUUCAAAUUGGUGGUUCCAUAGCUUGUGGUGGCGUUGCAUCCAUCUUAUUAGCCGUCAUUUCGGCCAUUUCCACCUUUAAUUUGUUCAGAUGGUAUUCUCCAAACUUCUUGUGCUUAAAACCCAAGAAGAUUGGUAUCGCAGCCACUACCAGCUAGCUAGCUAUAUAUAUAUGCAUGACUCAUCAUGCCAUUAUUAGUUGUUUGCUAGGUAGUACUCCGUACUAGUAUAAUAUACGAACAAGAUUUUUAAUGUACAAUACUUUUAUCAUUUUAUCUCCUAGUAUAAAUCACUUUAAAUUAGUAUUGUAUUAAGGAUUUUCAAACACAGACAAUGUAAUGUACGUGUACUCCUUUAUUUACACAAAUCAAGUGUACAUAAAGUAUAACUUGUGUUAGGUGUUGGUUCAGUAGAA